CCGCGGGGAGGGGGCCCAAGGGCUUCUCCUCCCGCCGGGUUAUUUUUUCCGGCCGCUGCUCCAGCGGGGGAGGUGGGAAGAGCCAAAGGCGGCGGUACCCCCUUCCCCCCCCCCCCCCCCCCCGGCCGCUGCAGCACAUGGGAAGCAAAAGUUUUCCUCCUCCUCCUCCUCCCGCUGCUCCUCCUGCUUCUCCUGCUCCCGCUCUCUCCCCUCCGCCGGCUGCCCUCGCCCCGCAGCCCCCCCGGGCCGCUCCCCGGUCCCCGCAUCCCGAGGAUGCUCCCGCGGCCGCUCCGCUCGGAGCCCGGCCGGGAUCUGAGGCGCUCCGGGAUGGACGGCCGGGAAUAAAGCGCGGCCGGAGCCUCUCCGGCUGCUCUGAGCGCUGGGAAGGGGGGAAGGCGAGACUCGGAUCGCAUCUUCCAGAGGGAUCUGCGAAUUUGCCGAGGAAAGAAGGGGCUGUCGGGCAAAUUUAAUCAGAUGGUUUAGCGGCGCCGGCGAGGCAGCGCCGCAUCGCUGUGCUCCGGCCCCACCAUGGGCACCGGCAUGUGCUCCAGGAGGCAGAAGGGGCUCCUGCAGACCGCCUUCUGCCUGGUCACCGUGGCGUGCCUGGGCUCCGGAGUUUUCCUCUACAACCACUUGCAGCAGAAGGUGCGGAACGCAGAAGCCCUGGCCCAGAAAUACAAACAGCAGCAGGAAGCGCUGUCAGCGCAGCUCCAAGUGGUUUACGAGCAUCGCUCCCGCCUGGAACGGUCCCUGCAGAAGGAGCGAGGGGAGCACAAGAAGACAAAGGAAGAUUUUUUAGUGUAUAAGUUAGAAGCUCAGGAAGCUCUCAACAAGGAGAAGCAAGACUCCAUGAACAGAUACGGGGCCCUCAGCUCCCAGCACAAGAUCCUGAAGAACCAGCACGACGAUGUCAAGAAGCAGCUGCUUGACCUGCAGCUGCAGCACAACAGCCUGAAGCUGGAACACCGUAAGGCAGUGGAGAGCCACAGCCAGAAAUACGCCCAGCUGCAGCAGGAGAAGGACAGCGAGGUCACCAACCUGCAGGAUACGGUGUUUAAACUCAGGGAGGAGAGCAAGCUCCUUCGGAAGGCCCACCAGGAGGUUCAUACCCAGCUCCUGAAUGCCCAGGCCCAGAUGGAAGAGUUCAGGCAGCUCAAGGAAGCUCUACAGAAGAUGCCAGGCUUCAGAGGAGGAGGAGGACGAGGAGCUGGGAAGGGGCAGCAGCCCGUGGUGCCAGCCCACAGCCAGCUGCAGCUGGCCAGGCAGAAGGGUUUCCCGGUCAACCCGGAGGAUGGGAUCCCACUGGCAUCUCCCGUCUCCGGGUUCCACAAGCCGGCAGAAGCCCCGGUGGUGCUGCAGGGACAGAACUCCUACAGCCAGGACGGCCCGAGGCCACAGCCCAUGGUGCCCUUAACCCAGCCCACCCCACCCCGGGGUGCCAACUCGCUGCCAGAGGCCGUGCCAGCCUGGCCGGCGCGGCGCGGGGACGGCCGCGUGGUGAGAUUCACCCGGACCAUGAACAGCCUCCCCAACGGGAACCCCGACGUGAAGAUGGUGAUGCGCAUCCAGGUGAGAAGCCACGAGGAAAGCCAAGCUCCUGGACUGGCCCUGCCUGGUCCCAGACAACCCUCUGCAGCAGAAAACCCUCCAGUUCCAGACAACCACCUCUCCACAGGGAACAGGCAGGGGCAAAUGCAAAGCUGGAAAGACAUAGUGAACAAGGUGAAUGCCCAGAUGGAUGAAGAACAAGCACGUGGUUACCCAAAGAGCCUUCAGUUUGCCCCCCAGCCUGGGCAGGAGGUGCAGAGGGACAGCUCCCAGGCCCCCAGCCAGAGGAGAGGGGAGGAGCAUCACAGAGCUGAGCAGGGAGGAGAGAAGGAGAGGACGGAUGAGGAAGAGCUGGAAAUGGAUGCAGGAGUGAUCGACAGGGAGGAGAGCUUGCACCCUCAGAAACAGACUGCUGUCCAGGAGCCGAUGAUGCCAGAUGAUGCUGCAGAUCCUGCCCAGGAUCCCAAUAACCAAGGUGAGGAUGAGUUUGAGGAAGCUGAGCUGGAGAGACCUGACUUCGAAGAGAAGGUGGGAGGUUUGGAGAAGUUCAAGGAGCGCAACGUGAGAGAAGAGUCAAAGGAGAAGCCACUGAAGGAUGCUGGCAGACCUGCCAAGCCCAGGGAAGACCCAAUGGAAGACUAUCAAGAAGAUCAGGAGCAAGAAAUUGAGGAUCAUGGAGGUGAGGUGGACGACAACGAUGACCUGGAGCUUGUCCAAGAGCGGAAGGACCGUGCGGGCCUGCCAGGAGCUGGUGGCAAGAAGGACGACUACUACUGAGAGAUGCUGAAGGAAAACGGGAUCCUCUCGGAAUGAGGGGACGGGAACUCCUCCUGGGAACUGGCUCCUGUAUUAAACACUGCCCAGAACAAAGGCAGGAGGAGGUAACUCUUGCAGGCCCCGAGCAGGGGCCUCGCAGACAUGCGUUCCAUCUCCCUGUGGGGGCCGUUGGCUCUCCGGUCGAUGGCAUCGGAAGUGCUCUCAGACUCUAGGAAUGAUUUUAUCCUGCUGCUUUUUCUUAGAAGCACUUUUUGAUUUACUGUGUUCUUCACCUUCUUGUUUUCCAUAUUCCCUCCAAAGCUGGAGAGGGGUGGUUUUUUGUUGGUUUUUGGGGGUAUUUUACCCCCCUGGGCAGCAGAGGGGUGCCUGGACCGGUCCCUGGACUUACUCGACCGAUUGCUAAUACAAAGGAAUCUCUCUUCGUAAA